AUGAGUAAUCCAAUAAUUGCUAAUAUUAAAAGCAUACCACCAGUUACAAGAUUUUUUACAAUCUCAACUGUAUUGGUAUGUUUUGCAAUUAGAAAUUUCUCCCCUGCAUUGGACUCAUUAUACAUUAAUUUCACUACACUAUUACAAGAAUAUGCAUUAAUUAGACUUGUGACGAAAACAGGUCUGUCAUUUCAAAUUAUAAAAGUUAUAUCACUAACAAUAUUGGGAUGGUAUAGAUUUAUAACUUCGUUUUUAAUACCUUCAGGUUUAUUCCCACCAAGUAUGAGUGCAUUAUUAGAUACUUAUUUUUUUUAUACAUUUUCAAAUCAUUUAGAAGCUCAUGAAGGUAAAUUUAAAGGAAAUUUUCCAGAUUAUUUAUGGUUUAUAAUAUUGUGUGGUACAUGUAUACAAAUAACAAAUUUAUUCAUAGAUGCAGUUACUGGAAAUUUUGCACGUUUAACUUAUUUCCCACAUGAAAAUUUAUUAGCUUGCAUAACUUAUGUUUGGUCAAGAAGUUUAAAAAAUGCUAAAAUAAAUUUAUUAGGUAUAAUUCCAAUAAAGGCAUAUUAUUUACCGUUGGGUAAUUUACUUGUUAAAUUAAUACUUGGUGGUCCAGUCGCGUUAGUUGAUACAUUAGUUGGAAUUUUUAGUGGUUAUUUAUAUCUUUGUUUACAACUGCAAACUUUACCAUUUUAUAAUUUAAUGCCAGGAGCUUAUGGAAAGUAUAACACAAAAAAGAGCCAUGAAGGUAGAAGAGUUGGAAUGACACAUAUCGAUAACCAAGAGCAGCGCGGUGGUUAUCAAUAUGAAUUUAUUGAAGAUAGUAUAUACGACAAAGGCUGUUUAAAAGCUCCAAUUUGGUUAUAUCAUUUGUUAUCAUAUCCAACAAAUACGUCAGUAAGAACAACAGCUUUUACAACAAUUGGUAAACCUCCUUUAAUUAGUAAAAGACAAGAGGGGCAAACGAAUAGUAACAAUAAUAAUCCAAAUUCAACUGGUAAUACUACAGGUUAUUCAUGGUUUGGUAAUGGUGAAAAUGCAUUUAGAGGUAAAGGACAUAGAUUAGGUGAUUAA